AUGGGUAUCAGAGGGAUGCUGCGAGUCGCCGUGCUCCUGCUACUCAUCAGGACCUGGCUCGCGGAGGGCAACGACCCCAGUCCUACCCCAGAAUUCCACUUUGAGCUCUCCCCAACUGUGCCCGAAGUCAUCUUGAAUCUCUUCAACUGCAAAAAUUGUGCAAAUGAAGCUGUGGUUCACAAGAUUUUGGACAGGGUGCUGUCGAGAUAUGAUGUCCGUCUGAGGCCAAAUUUUGGAGGUGCCCCUGUGCCUGUGGGAGUGUCUAUCUAUGUCUCCAGUAUUGAGCAGAUCUCAGAAAUGACUAUGGACUAUACAAUCACAAUGUUUUUUCAUCAGACCUGGAAAGAUCCACGUUUAGCAUACUAUGAGACCAACCUAAACUUGACCCUGGACUAUCGGAUGCUAGAGAAGUUAUGGGUCCCUGACUGCUACUUUCUAAAUAGCAAGGAUGCUUUUGUGCACGACGUGACUGUGGAAAAUCGUGUGUUUCAGCUUCAUCCAGAUGGAACAGUGCGGUAUGGCAUCCGACUUACAACCACAGCAGCUUGUUCCCUAAAUCUGCAAAAAUUCCCCCUGGACAAGCAGACCUGCAAGCUGGAAGUGGAGAGCUAUGGCUACACGGUUGAAGACAUUGUAUUAUAUUGGGAAGGUAAUGGGAAUGCCAUCCAGGGGACUGAGAAGCUGCACAUUCCUCAGUUCAGCUUCCUGGGAAAAACAGUGACUAGCAAAGAGGUGUUUUUAUACACAGGUUCCUAUGUGCGUCUGAUACUGAGGUUCCUGGUCCAAAGGGAAGUCACCAGCUACCUUGUGCAGAUCUAUUGGCCUACUGUUCUCACCACUGUUGUCUCUUGGAUAUCGUUUUGGAUGAACUAUGAAUCCUCUGCAGCCAGGGUGACAGUUGGUCUGACUUCAAUGCUCAUCCUGAAUGCCAUCAACUCACAUCUGCGAGAUAAACUCCCCCAAGUUUCCUGUAUUAAGGCCAUUGACAUCUAUAUGGUCGUAUGCUUCUUCUUUGUGUUCCUGUCCUUGCUGGAAUAUGUCUACAUCAACUAUCUUUUCUAUAGCCGAGGUGGAUCCCGGCGCAGUCUCAGGCGACGCAGGAGAGCCCAAAGAGUAAUGGCCCGCUACUGCUACGAAGAAGUGAUGCUGCAGGGUGACCAGGUUAGCAUAGAACAUGAAAGUGGCUCUCCUUUCUCCACACCAGUGCAUGCCUGUCUGGCAAGCGUCGGAAGCCUCAGUUCUUUGACCUCCAUCCCAGGGCAGGCCCCACUGGCUACCUCAGAAAGCCUCAGCUCACUAUCUUCUCUCUCAGAGCAGGCCUGGAUGGCCUCUAGAGAAAGCCUGAGCGAUCUUCCCUCCACCUCAGAGCAGGCCCUGCACAGCUAUGGCAUUCACUUUAGUGGUUUUGAGAUUGAUGACAGUGUUAUUCCUACUGAAAUCCGCAACCGUGCUGAGGCUCAUGGCCAUGCUGAGACCCGUGACCCAGAAGACCCUGAAGAGAACUUGAGCUCAGAUGAGAGUCAUGGCUGUGGCCAUAGUGGGAGGCAUCUGCGUCUCCACAGCUACAGGUGUGUACAAGAAGCAAGCUGUAGCCUUGAUGAGAUCCGUAUUGAGAGUGGCUACCUUCACCUUGAUAAGCAACUCAAGUGUGAUCUUGACAGCCUUAAUGUUGAUGAUUUCAAGGGCUUUGACCAAGGCAAGGAUAGUAACUCAGAGUCUGAUGACAGUUGCCCCCCGAGUCCUGGGUGCUCCUUCGGUGAAGGGUUGUCCUCCAAGCUCUUUCACCCUGACUAUGUCCCUAAGGUCGACAAGUGGUCCCGGAUCCUCUUCCCUCUUGCCUUUGUAGUGUUCAACAUUGUUUACUGGGUGUAUCAUCUCCUUUAG